UUGGCGGCAAAACACGCGGCUAAAAAGCAAAUAAUUUAACUGUGACUGGGGUCGAAUCUCGAAACACUAUAGAGCGUUUCCUUACCGCGUUGGACAAUAAAAAUCUGUAACUCGAAGCACUUCACCCGAACAACAUGUUCAUCAGAGUCAUCACGUUCGGGCUGCUGGCCGCUGCCUUCAACGCACCUGUGACACAAUCCGCCGGUUCCUGUUUGUCAGCGUCCUGCGCGAACUACAAAGACAUCAACACGCUGUGGUGCCACACGGAUUCCACGUACUACUGCCGCUGCCGGCUCGAUGCCAGCGGAACGUGGGUGCCGCAACAGCAACCGUGUGCCGGAGGAACCGCCUUUAGCUUCCGGCAGCAGACUUGCGUCCACCAAGCUAUCUGGAAACCGAACGAGUGCCCUCCAGUCGAAGUGGAGGAGGAGGUGGAGCUGGUGGUCCUGGAAUGUAGCAAUUCCUGCGGAACGAGCGCGGAAAUUGCUCGGCUAGCGUGCCAUCCGGAACCGACCCGGAAGAAGUUCUGCCAGUGUCGCCCGACCGAGGUGGAGCGGGUUUUCCGAACCCAACCGAUGCCGUGCGCCAGCGGGACGAGUUUCAGCUAUAAGAGGCAAACCUGCGUGCACGAUGCCCUGUGGACGGAUACCUGUCCGGACGCAUAAAAUUAUGUAUUUUGUGUUUGAAUAAAGUGGAUUCUGAAAUUGGUUUUGAUAUAAAUUUCGGUAAAUUUUAUUUUUGUGCUCUAAAGGUACGUGCAGUGGAAAUUUAUUACGGUUUUGACAAACGAGUAGAGGUUUUGAUCAUUUGAGUGAGCCUCGCCUCACUGUAGGAAAUUUUCGAUUUGUGAUCAAAUGAAUAAAAUGCAUUCAAACGUUUGGGCUGGGAAAGGUGUCAUAAACAUCCAAUCAUCGGAUUGCAAUAUCAUCGCUCGCACCCCAUAUUUCGGUAUUUAAUGAGUUGACAGCCACUAUUCAAUAUAUUAGAUAAG